AUGGCGCACGUCAUGCUGACACUGACUGUCGAGGAAUCCGAGGACUCCACGCCAUUCGUUCGCGUCGCCUUCCGCCCAGCAGCGGCUGAAUUGCCGGCCGCGCCAGGAAAAUCUGCAGUCGAUGAGCGGCCGCGCCUCAACACCACAGUGACCCACACGGCCAUACGCCCGGCGGGCCCAGAGGCAGCACCCUCGGCCAGCCCUGCCACAGGCGGGGCGCUCGCCGCCGCCGCGCGGGCUGCAAGGGCCGCCGCAGGCGCCCUCAGCCGCUCCCUGUACGGCGCGCUGGCAGGGCAGGCCAGCCUGGUUGUGGGCGCCGACCCCACACUCGGGCGGCUGCACGGCAAGACGGUCCUCGUCGUGUGCGGCCGCCUGAGCCCGAUCACGCAGGCGGCGGUCCAG